AUGUGUGAGUUGGGACUCGGUCCAGCAGCCAGCACCAAGGAGGUUAAACGUCCGCGAUUAAAUCCAUAUUUGACUAAGGAAAAACUUGGUAACGAGCUGAUUGUGGAUUUUGCUGCUGGAGGAAUGCACACUUUAGUUCUUGAUUCCGCAGGAAAUGUGUGGUCAUGGGGCGGAAACGACGGGGGAGUUUUGGGUAGAGACACCUCAGGUGCAGAGGUACUUAAAGAUUUGGACAAUGCUUCUGACUCUGAUGAUGAAGAUGGCGACUUGAAUGUAGCCGAAUCGACUCCCGGUAAGGUGGAGGGCCUUCCUCCGAUUGCUGAUGCCAAGAUUGUGCAACUAGCAGCAACCGACAACUUGAGUGCUCUACUCUAUUCUAAUGGUGAUGUAUACGCCUGGGGAUCGUUCCGUUGUAAUGAAGGUAUUUUGGGAUUUUUGAGAGAUGAGAUCAAGAUACAAAGAAGCCCCAUGAAGAUUACUGGGUUGAAAAACAUAGUUCAGCUAGCACCCGGUAAAGACCAUUUGUUAGCAUUGGAUCUGAAAGGUAUUGUUUAUGCAUGGGGUAACGGACAACAGUACCAACUAGGACGUAAGAUUUUGGAGAGACAUCGUUACAAGACUUUGGAGCCUCACGCUAUGGCUUUAACAAACAUCAAAUACAUUGCCAGUGGUGACUUUCACUGUUUUGCAAUUGACCAUGAUGAUAGAGUGUAUACUUGGGGGCUUAAUCAGUUUGGACAGUGUGGAUUCACGAACGAAAACGGAGAACUUGAAGACGGUUCAUUGGUUUCUAAGCCAACGGUGAUUGAAAAAUUAAGCAAUUUGAAUAUUCAAGAGAUAGCUGCUGGAGAACACCAUUCGAUGGCAUUGACAGCAAGCGGAGACGUUUAUACGUGGGGCAGGUACGACAUGAAGGAAGUUGGAAUUCCUCAGGACAAGUUGCCAGAGUCUACCUUCAAAGAUGCGCAUGGGAAAGUCAGAGCAGUUCCAGUUCCCACAAAGCUCCAGGUUGGAGCUAAAGGUGAGAAUGGCGUGAAAUUUAAAACAGUGGGAUGUGGGUCUCAUCAUUCCUUUUCUGUGACCGACGAUGGAAUGGUAUAUGCUUGGGGAUUUGCUGAUACUUAUGCUCUAGGUCUAGGCCCAGUCGAAUCUGACGUUGAGGUGCCAACUCGCAUUGUGAACACUGCUACCAAACACGAGGACAUUCAGUUAAUCGCAGGUGGAGGACAAUUCUCCAUCAGUGGAGGAAUUAAAAUUGAUGAUGAAGAUAAAGCGGAAGACCGUUUAGAGAAGUACGAGGAGUUGGAGGGUUAG